AUGCCUGGGGAUAAAGAUGUACCCUCUGGGUCUCUUAUCAAUAAUUUGGGGUCUGUUAAAACUACCCCAGGGGUACCUGAAAUUGGUGCAACUAACCUCGCUGAUUUUGAAUCUACUGCUGAUAUGCAGCUUAUGUUUGACAACACCAUGUCCCAUGUGGUGACUAAGGCCCUCACAUCAGCAAUGGGACUGAUGUCUGAAUCUCUGUCACAGACUAUUACUCACGCUAUACUUGGGGCACAAAAGUCGACCCAACCGGUCGCUUCCCAGGCUUUGCCUGCAGUAACCCCUUCCCAACCUCACGUUGGCCGCAAGGCCACUGCAAAAACUAAACACUCUUCAAUCUCACAGAUGGACAGCUACACACCUGUCACAGAUGGCGCGCCUAAUAUACCACCGCGCAAAAGAGCCACUAGCCGGGCAAAAUCGGCUAGGUUAUGGAAGCGGGCAAAAGCCCAACUAGAAUCUGAGUCUGAUCUCAGCGAGAUUGAAGAGGUCACUGAUAUGGAUUCGGAGGAUCCAUCAGAUCCCCAAUCAGAGGGUAUGGUCGACGACCAUGACCCGAGUACACAGAUUGCACCUCCAUCUGAGUCGUAUGACAUGGAGCUUAAAGUGCCAUAA